AUGGCAGAUAAUAAAAGUUAACUGUUAGGACAUUAAGAUAGUUCUUAAGCUCCUUAGUAAUAAGAAAAUAUAGUUUAUGUCCCUGAAUUUAAAUUUGGACGUACAUUUGAAGGCAAAAAGGAAAGAUUAGAUUAAGAUUUAUUUGAAGCAAAUGACAUAGUUUGUCUGUAUUUUGCAGCAAGUCAUUGCUACCCAAGUAAGGCUUUUACUCCAAAGCUAAUUGAGUUUUAUAAUGAAGUGAAUAUUGAAGAUAUUAAUAUUGAAAAUAAUAAAAAGCCAUUAGAAAUAGUAUUAGUUCCUUUCGAUAAAAGCGAUGAUGAAUUUAAAAAAUAUUUUAGAUAAAUGCCUUGGAUUUCACUUCCUUAUGAUCUUGAAAGAAUUGAAUCCUAUAGAAAUCACUUUAACGUUAAAGGAAUUCCAUAAUUAGUUGUUUUAGAUGGGGAAGGAAACAUAUUAGUAUAAAAUGCUUGUUAAGAUGUCUUGAAAAGUGGUGAAGAUGCCUAUUAAGACUGGAUUAAAGCUAAAAUUGAAAGAUUAUUAUCAAAAUAAUCAGAAUAAAUAUCAGCAUUAAUAGGAUAAAAAUGA